AUGUUCAAGAUCACGGUCACUCUCCGUGCAUCAAGGGUGGAGAGGUGGAUCCGCGCCGUCAAGAGGGAUUUUCUCGACGCCGCAGCAAUCAAGUGUGUGGGCUUGGACUGCGAGUUCGCUAACCCUCACAAGGGUAAUCAGCGCGCUGCCAUCCUUCAACUCUCGGUGGUGACCGAGAAUGUGGUCUUCCAAAUUUCUUGGGCUGAUGAAGUGCCACAAGUUCUCAAGAAUUUAUUGCAGGACAAGACCAUCAAGUUCUACGGCGUGGCUAUCAGCAAAGAUGUGGAAACGUUGAGUUCCUACGGAAUUGAUAUUACGUCUGCGUUCGACCUCCAAAAGAUAAUCCCAAACCCCACCAAAAAUCCCAUUACGAGAGAUAGUGAAAUGGUGGAACUCUUGCUCGCAAGAGGAGUUUCAGUUGACCCAGUAUCGUGUCAUUUGCUUGCCUGGUGGUGA